AGUAAAUGUUGGUUGGGCCACUAUCAACAUUUUUUGCUAGGUUAUAUUACGUAAAAUUUAUACUACUGCAGUAUUUAACUUAAAAUUUAUAAGUAAACGGUUCAUGAAAAUGACCCACCACUUGGAAGAUUGUAAAUGUCAAAUUCUGGUCAUAAUUUGGUGAAGAUGUAAUAAGAUUAUAAUCUAUCACAUACAAUUGAUACACAUUUUAAGUCUUCAUAUAUGGCGUUAAUUGGAUCCAAAACUAUAUAUGAUGAUGUCAUAUGAAAUUCUUCAGCAUAUAUUGGUAUUCAUCUCUUAAUUGGGAAGACAGAAGAAUAAACGAUGUCUGGUUCAGUAGUUGCAGCAAGAAACCAGCAGGAGUCACCAUCUUCAAGAACCCAACGUUCACCCCCAUCCUUCAUGUUGAGAAUGGCAAUGAGAAUAUCCAGAGCCAGGUGGUUCAUCUUCCUUAGAAGGGUGUUUCACUACCAGAAUGGCAAUACUGGAUUAAGGCUUCCCCCCUAUGAGGAUGAUCUGGGCUCUAACCCACUCAAUUCUUUGACUUGGAUGAUGAUGGAUUUCAUUACUUUGACUGUCCAAAUACUUAUUGCAGCAUACAUUCUGGCUGUCUCCAGGGAAGAUAGGCCUGUUUGGCCAAUAAUGAGGAUUUGGGUCAUCGGCUAUGUUUUCGGUUGUAUGCUCAGCCUUUUGCUGCUCUACUUCCGAUAUUGGGUAUUCCAUUUGAGCCAAACGCAUCCUCCAUCUGCAUUGUCUGAUAUAGAGCAGCAGAGAAGACGAGGCAGAAGAAGUCUUCAGGAAUCAAGCCUGCCAGUGAUGGAGAAAUGCAGGACCUUAAUGGAGCUGUUCUUCGCGAUAUGGUUUGUGAUGGGUAACAUUUGGGUGUUUGAUUCACGGUUUGGGUCUUCAAAUCCUCCGAAUAAGCUCCUCAUCCUAUGCAUCUCCCUCCUUGCCUGGAAUGCAGUCACCUACUCAUUUCCAUUCCUGCUGUUUGUAUUGAUGUGUUGCUGCGUCCCACUUGUUAGCAGCUUUCUGGGCUACAACAUGAACAUGGGAUCCAUUGACCCGGGGGCAUCCGAUGAACAACUCUCCAGUUUACCAACCUGGAAGUACAAGGAACUCAUCAUCAAGAAUCCAGAAUGGGAGAAUCAAAAUCCGGUAGGUAACGUCACUAUUUCGAAUCAGUCGCUCUUCGUGUACACGCCACGUUACACAUACAAUCGUGCACACUUUGGACGUGUUUGGAAUUUAGCGGUUAGCGAUCAACGGAUAGCGGAUUAUGUUAGCAGGUUGUCAAUAGCGGAUUCAGUCAGCGGGUUGUUAGAAGAUGUUUUGUAAUUUAACUGUAUGACCAUAAAAUUACUAGAAAACGUCGUAUUUCAAAACAAUGGUACUCAAAAUUGUAGUAUGAUUGUUUUAGACUUCGUGCUAAGAUGGCCAACUAUUUCGAACCUUUUAAAAAUACACUCUUUUAAAGAUUGUGUUGAAGUAUUUUUUCAAAAAACGGUUAACUAUAAACUGCUCAAAUCUAUUAUGAGUUACUCCUCUCAUCAAGUUAACUUUUUAUUUUUAGGUUAGAGCAAGUAACCCGAUUCGGGUUUAAGGAAUUACAGAAUCGGCUAUGAUUCAAAUAUAAUGUUGUUGCUUUUGAAUUAAUUUUUUGUGAUUUUUCUUGUUUGAUAGGAGUGCUGCAUUUGCUUAGCGCAAUACAGUGAAAAGGAAGAGAUCAGGAAACUCCCUUGUUCUCAUAUGUUUCAUCUCAACUGUGUGGAUCAAUGGUUGAGAAUAAUAUCUUGUUGUCCACUAUGUAAAAAUGAAUUAGAUAAAUAGAUGAAGAUGAUGGUAGAAGUAUCUCAUAUUUUCAUGUUGUAUCCUUAUAGAAGUUGAGCCUAAUAUGUUGGAAUGUGUAUAGACGUAUAGUUACCUUUUUGGUUGAGUUAGAUUCAAGUCCUACUAAAGUUUUAUCUAAUUUGAUUAGCAGUUUAGGAUUUUGUUAAUGUAUUUGUCUCACACCAGAAAAUUAUAAAACAAUAAAACAUUAUAUAAGACUUUGGACUAUUCUUCUAUCAGAUUAUUUUUU